UACUACUAAGCUUAAGUAAAAAAGAAACCAAUUCUCUGUCCUCUGGCCUAUUUCAUACACUGCAGAACACGCCCAAAACAGCACGCCAUUAAUAUUCUCAGUUAUUGUUGAACGAGUCCCGACCAACGAACGACCGGGUUAUUUUCGUGGUGGCCAUAUUGUCCCAGAUUUCGGUUUUUCGAAAUAAUUUUGCCAAAUUAAUUCUCAAGUUCAAUUGCAGUGCACAAUUUAGGAACGUGACUACACAAAAUGGGGGCCGGCAAGGGACGUGGAGGAGAAAUGUCGGAUCAUUGUAUCACAUUUUCUGUCCUGAUUUUAAACGUGUUUUGUGGGAUUUUAGGCCUGCUCGUAUUCAUCCUUGGAUUUUGGUUUCGAUUUGAAGGCCAAGUCCGAACUUGGGUGGGUGAUUUGGGCAUGACUCAAUACUGGACGGGGUUGUACAUCCUCAUGGCUGCGGCCGCUGUGAUCAUCAUCAUCUCCAUUUGUGGAUGCGCAGGUGCCCUCACGGCCAAUCCGAACCUCUUGUUAACGAGUGUGAGCUUAACGUCGAUCGCGUUCGUCCUGAUUAUUUUCGGGUCCACAAUCCUACUCGCGAACUACACCCGCUACACGGUGAACAAGGAAGAGUUGGAUGAAAAUAUGAAAUAUUUGAUUAACAAGAAAAAUCAUGCUGCGGAUGAAUUUCUAAUUUUUCUCUAUUAUCGUGUGGGUUGCUGCGGAUCUUACAACUACCAAGAUUUUGACCGCAGUAGGCUCGCAAUUCCAGACAGUUGUAGGGACAAAGUUAGCGGAAAUGUGUAUCAGGAUGGCUGCGUCAAAAAGUUUUCGUACUUUAUUGAAAAAAGGACUGGAUGGAUUGCUGGAAUUGCGUUGUUUAUCGGAUUUAUUCAGAUAAUUCUGGUCUGUCUGACAUUCGUGUACUGGAAACGGAUACGGGACGAUGAGGAUCCCGACGGGUACGGGAAAAGCACGCGUUAUUCCACGGUACCCACCAGUGCAGGACGAUACUAACGACACUUGAACCAACUCGGUGUGCAAAAAAAUCCUUUUUGUAUUGUUCUUAUUAUUGUUAUUAUUUAUCCGCCUUAUGUCGAGUGACUUAUUUAAGAUGGAUUUUAACCUAUAGAAAUAAAUGUAGCGAGCCACGCUAUAUGUUCGAGU